AUGAACGAGUACUUGGAGAAGGCGAAGCUCGUCAUCGCCGACCAGGAAUCCCGCAGUCAGGCCAUUGAUGCCUGCGGGCUGUCUCGACAUGAAUUUGACUCGUUACGCCGCGAAAUUGAGCAAAAGGAGAAGCGAAUCCGCUUCCUUGAGACGAGAGCCGAGCAGAUGUCGAUGAUGCACGAACAAGAGUGUCGACUGAUGACGACAGCUUGGCAUAAAACGGCCAGUGACCUCAUCGCUUUCCAACGAGGCACCGAUUCGCUGACGGACAGCUCGCGAGAACGCGGCUUUUUGUCGCAGCACCGAGAUCCACACCUUCAUUUUAGGGAACCCGACUAUCCACACGCAAACUAUCAUCACGGUGCUUUUGAUGGGAUG